CUUUUCACAAAACUUUAGUGUGGAAUAAUUCGUCGUGAAUAAAUUAUUUAUCGACCUCCAUUCACCCUUAGUGCUGUGAAAAGAGUUUAAAAAAUAUAACUUUUUAAAAAAAUCGACUUUGAACAAAAAUUGGAGCUCGCUUUCAAUUUUGCCGAAUUUUCGAUUAAAAUAAAAGCGCAAGGAUUUAUCCUCUGAAUAUUUCGAAUUAAUUUUAAUCGUCUCUUCAUCAUGAUGCUCCCAAUCGUUGCCUCCACAGCCCGUCGUGCAUUCUCCACAACUGCCCGAGCCCUAGCUGCCAAACAAUUGACCGUUCGUGAUGCUCUCAACAGUGCUUUGGAUGAAGAAUUGGAACGCGAUGAAAAGGUCUUCAUCCUUGGCGAAGAGGUUGCCCAAUACGACGGAGCCUACAAGAUCACAAGAGGCCUUUGGAAGAAAUAUGGUGACAAGAGGGUUAUCGACACUCCAAUCACUGAAAUGGGCUUCGCAGGUAUCGCUGUUGGUGCUGCCAUGGCCAAUCUCAGGCCUGUCUGUGAAUUUAUGACCUUUAACUUUGCCAUGCAAGCCAUUGAUCAAAUUAUCAACUCGGCUGCCAAAACAUUCUACAUGUCUUCAGGUGUUGUAAAUGUACCCAUUGUGUUCCGUGGACCCAAUGGAGCAGCUGCUGGUGUAGCCGCUCAGCAUUCACAAUGCUAUGCAGCAUGGUAUUCCCACUGCCCUGGACUUAAAGUAAUCUCACCCUACGAUUCCGAGGAUUGUCGUGGUUUGCUUAAGGCCGCUAUUCGUGAUCCCGAUCCAAUUGUGUUCCUGGAAAACGAACUCCUUUAUGGUGUACCAUUCCCCGUGGAUGACAAAGUCUUGGAUAAAGACUUUGUUUUACCUAUUGGCAAGGCGAAAGUCCAAAGGCCCGGAAAGGAUGUAACGAUUGUUGCACACUCAAAGGGUGUAGAAACAGCUUUACUUGCCGCUGCCGAAUUGGCAAAGAAAGGUAUCGAAGCUGAAGUUAUCAACCUUAGAUCAAUUCGUCCAUUAGACUCAGAGACUAUUUUUGCUUCUGUGAGAAAAACCCACUUUUUAGUUACUGUUGAAAACGGAUGGCCACAAAGUGGUGUUGGCGCUGAAAUCUGUGCACGUAUCAUGGAAGACGAAACUUUCUUCCACUUAGAUGCUCCAGUGUGGCGAGUAUGUGGUGUUGAUGUGCCGAUGCCAUAUGCAAAAACACUUGAAAUUAAUGCAAUUCCACAAGUUAAAGACGUUAUUGCAGCCGUAACCAAAAUUCGAGGCGCCAAGAAAUAAUACAACGAGCUAAAGGAAGUUAAAUUAAAUAUUAUUUGUUAUUAAUGGAUAUGUGAGAGGAUGCAGUUAUCCCCUUCGGAUUUGUAUAAAUAAAUUAUUGUACAAUAUUUUUUGUUUUCGAAUCAAAUCGAAAACAAUCAAAGAA